AUGCCGGUCCUACUGGAGUUGGUGCUGCUGGAGCUGCUGGAGUUACUGGAGCUGGAGCUGCUGGAGGUGUCAGCGCUGGUGGUUCUGCUGGCGCUGGUGCGUCUGAGGGUGCUGGAGUUGGCGCUGUCGGCGCUGGCGGUGCUGCUGACACUGUCACAGUUACAGCCCGCCUCCCCCCUGCCUGCUCCUUCUCCCUACACUGGUCCUACUGGAGGUCUUGCUGAGCGUCGUGAGCCUGCGUCUCGUCCUGCGUCGCCUGUUCGUGCUGCUCGCACUGGUGUUCGUACUGCACGUCCGCGUCCUCCUGCGGUCCCAGGCACACACCAGAUGGCACUGCGUCCUUCCACUGCUCCUCUACGUGUCCCGUUGCCGUCUCCUCGAGAGUCCUCUCUUCCUAGUCUUGCUGACCCGGAGUCUGACUCUCUUCGUGCUGCCAGUCCUUCUGUCACGCGUCUCCUGGCUACUGUUGUCACUGACCCUUCCUUUGAGUCCACUGCUGCGUCUGCCCUAGUUGCUGAUCUUGUCGACUUCGCUGCUUGCUGUCAUCUAGACUACGCUGCUAGUCUUGUUGCUGAGUCUGAGUCUGUCUGUCCUCCGUCCGUCGGGGGUGAGUGUGCUCUUAGCACGGACGUCCUUGAGGACAGGUAG